ACCUCGACCUCCCUCUUGGGGAAGGUUCUCCUGCCGGCGUCGCGACCGGAGUUGGUCACUAGGCCGCCCUUGGGCGAGGCUGGCUGCGAUGAGGUUGAGGAGCGAUUCCAGGCAGCGCCGACGGGGAAGCUGGGAGUAUGUUUGCCCACUUUUGCACAUGGGCCACGUUCUCCAGUUCGGUGUUCAGAUUCUGUAAAUCCAAGUGUCAUAAAAACUUCAAAAAGAAGCGCAAUCCUCGCAAGGUCAGGUGGACUAAAGCAUUCCGGAAAGCAGCUGGUAAAGAGCUCACAGUGGAUAAUUCAUUUGAAUUUGAAAAACGUAGAAAUGAACCUGUCAGAUACCAGCGAGAGCUAUGGAAUAAAACCAUUGAUGCAAUGAAGAGAGUUGAAGAGAUCAAACAGAAACGCCAGGCUAAAUUUAUAAUGAACAGGUUGAAGAAAAAUAAAGAACUGCAGAAAGUUCAGGACAUUAAAGAAGUGAAACAAAACAUCCAUCUUAUCCGGGCCCCUCUUGCAGGCAAAGGAAAGCAGCUGGAAGACAGAAUGGUACAGAAAUUACAACAGGAUGUGGACAUGGAAGAUGUUUCUUAGAACUCUUACUGUCUGUAACUAUUUCUAUAAGUGCAUCUGGAAAUCUCCUUUGGAGACAUCGAACUUCUAAAUUAUUGGGUUUUUUUUCAUAUAAGGUCACUCAUAUGAAAGGGGAUUAAAGUACUUCCUUCCUACAUUGCUAUCUGCAGAACAGCAGAUAUGGAUGCUAGAUUGCAUCUCAAUGUUAAGCCUUCACUGAGAGAUACACUUUUAUAAGUCAUGAAAAUUAUGUUUGUAAAUACAGAAGUGAAUUGUGGACAUAAAAUGGUCAUGCCAUUUGGUUAAUGGCACUAGGCAGCAUUUAUGUAAUAAUGACAAAUUCAUGACGAGUAAUAUAUAAAAUUUUCAUUGCAGUAAAAUAUUCCUUUUCUAGAAAGGAUAUAGCAAGGAACUAACAAAUCUGUAUGAUAAUUAGCCUCUAGUAAUUUCUUUUGAUUUUAGUACUUCUAGUUUUGGUUUAUUAGCUUCUUAGAAGAACAUAAUGGUCUAAUACAUUGAAGCCUAAUUACGUUGGACCGUUUUGAUCUGAUUUUAACUAUUAUGAUUGAUAGGCAUUUGUGGAUGUUGGGAGUGAGUUGCAUAGUGUGUUCCUGAAAUGGCAGUAUGUAAUUUCUGCUUUGGAGAAUACUCACUUCUAAGUUGAGAUUCCUAGUAGAAUAAGCUUUAUUUUUC